UGCAACCCCUGCAACCAAAGUCACCCCUGGUUGGACCUUCUACUACAUAUUGAGCCUGGAGGGCUGAUUGCUGUGAACGAUCCUUUUCAGUCUAGUGAAUGGUGUCUUCUCCAAUACAAUGUCUUCCUGAAUUCUCACAUUAUCGCUCCCUCUUUUAGUGAAUUAUUUGGUUCUGAUGGGAAAUCAAACUUUUCAGCCUGAAUUCAUUUUGUUUGGCCUGUCGGACCUCACAGAUUCCCAGAUCCCAGUAUUUCUGCUGAUCCUCCUCAUCUAUGUGGCCACACUGGUUGGGAAUCUUCUCAUCAUUUUCUUGGUGGCCUCGGACUACCACCUGCACACCCCCAUGUAUUUAUUCUUGGGAAACCUCUCGGUUUUAGACAUCCUCAUCCCCUCUGUGUCUUCAUCUCAUAUGUUUUUUGCAAUCUGUACCGGAAACAAUCUGAUUUCAUAUUCAUCUUGUAUCACCCAGGUCUUCUUCUUCACCUGGUUUGCCAGCACUGAGUCCUCCAUACUUACAGUGAUGUCCUUCGAUCGCUAUGUUGCCAUCUGUCAUCCUUUGCGUUAUACGACCAUGAUAAACAUUCCCUUGUGUGUUCAGAUAGCGUUCUUUUUCUGGGUCUACAGAUUUAUCUUUAUCUUGGUCCACACACUUUGUGUCCUAAGACUGGCCUUCCCGCAUCCGGCCACCAUCCCAGGCUUAUUCUGUGAACUAUAUCAGUUGAUUCAACUCUCAUCUUCUGACACAUUCCUAAAUUUUUUGCUUUUUUAUUUAGAAUCUAUAAUUCUCGGAGUCACUAGCCUUCUCGUUACUUUCUUCUCCUACGCCUACAUUUUUAAAACCAUCGUGAAAAUUACACUAAAGGACGGGAGACAGAAAGCUUACUCCACCUGCAGUUCUCACCUCACGGUGGUCUUCAUCUUUUAUGGGGCUGGUUUCUUCAACUACUUUCAACUCAAAACAAAGGAUUUUCUGGCAGGAAGACUGAUUUCUGUAUUUUACACGGUUAUCACCCCUCUCCUAAACCCGAUUAUAUACAGCCUGAGGAACAAUGAGCUGAAAAAAGCUCUUCGGAAAACUCUCUCCAGAAUCAGUUCCACACCAUAAACUUUCACUAAAGGACUUCACAUCGAUAUUGUUAGUCUCACGACUGCUUGUGUUUUAAAUUCAUUUUCUGGGUUUUAAUUUUAGAUAGAAAAGAAAUGUUCAACUUUUGAUAGAUAGGUAGAAACAAGGUCAAAAGUUGUCCAACUAUUGCGAUAUGAUAGCAGUGCAGAAUAUCUUAACCAUAAGACAUCUUGUUGCUUAACCACUUCCCACCCACGGGCCGUCAUAUGACAUCCUGGACU